AUGUAUCACCUAGUACCUCCAAAUUCGAGGUAUUUUUUGGAACAUAGAAAUGACAUUUCGAGUUACACACUAAAAGGAGGUAUUUUUCGCGGUACAUUAGCACGAGCCGGUGUCGUGGUGCACGGUGAUGUUCGCGUCAACGGUGUGUCGGCCGACUCCUCGUACAUGAGACGCCACAGCGGCUUCAUGCAUCAGGAGGACAUGUUUAUCGAAACGAUGACGGUGCUCGAGCAUAUCUGGUUUAUGGCUAGAAUGAAAUUGGACAGGAGAAUCCACACCUCGGACAUUCGCCUCAGGAUCGAUCGUUUGUUGAGGAACGUCGGUCUGCUUGAGAGACGCGACACUUGCAUCGGCGGCGGUGACGACCAUAAGGUUUUGUCGGGCGGUGAAAAGAAGAGGCUAGCCUUUGCCACCGAGCUGCUGACGGAUCCCGAAAUAUUAUUUCUGGACGAGCCGACAACGGGGCAGGACGCGCAUUCGGCGGGCGUCCUCGUGUCGCAUAUGACCUCCUUCGCAUUACGAAACCGCACGAUUUUAUGCACCAUACAUCAACCAAGUUCCACUAUCUUCGACAGCUUCCAUCGUAUAAUCCUUUUAGCCGGCGGUAGAGUGGCGUUCGCCGGUACCAGUGCGCAAGCGUUACAGUUUUUCUCCAGGUAUUAUUUCAUAACUCAGAACAUGAAACAGAGAACAAAUCUUAAUUUCAUAGCUUUGGGGAAGUCUAUAGUUUUAAAAGGUCGUCGGUAUAAAUAUGUUCUGUUUAGAAGCCACCGGGAUCAGGAAAAUCCUAAAUAUUAUCCCGCGGAUAAUAUUUCCAGUUAA